GACAGCAAGUAUUCUAUCGUCCCAUCAAUCAGUCUCCGCAUUACAUCAAGACACUUCGUAAAUACGAUUCAAACCAUCACUCACCCAAUAUGGCUAUCAAGAAUGUCAUCAUCGUCGGAGCGAGUGGAAACCUAGGACCCGCAAUUCUGGAUGUUUUCCUAAAGGAAUCCUCCUUCAACACGACAGUUCUUUCGCGCCAAAGCUCUGCCGCGACCUUUCCAUCUGGCGUGAAGGUCAUCAAAGCAGACUAUGAUUCGGCAGACAGUCUGAAAGAUGCUUUCAAAGGCCAGGAUGCUGUCGUCUCUCUUGUUGGCGGCAUGGGGCUUGGCGAUCAGAAUAAGUUGAUUGAUGCCGCCAUUGCCGCAGGUGUGCAGCGCUUCAUCCCCUCGGAGUAUGGAAGCAACACACUUGACGCAAGGAUCCGUGCUAUCGUGCCUGUCUUUGAGGCUAAGAUUGGCGCAGUCAAUUAUCUCAAGAACAAGGAGAAGGAAAUCAGUUGGACAUCUAUCGUCACUGGUCCCUUCUUGGACUGGGGCCUGAAGACUGGUUUCCUAGGCUUCGAUGCUGCUUCCAAGACAGCCACUCUAUACGACAAUGGUGAAGCCACUGUCUCAAAUACUACUCUCCGCAAGAUUGGUCUCGCAACCGUCAAGGCGCUCGAGAAGGAGGACCUAACCAAGAACCAAUACGUCUACGUCAGUGAGGUGCAAGCGUCGCAGAAGGAAAUCCUCGCCGCGAUCGAGAAGGUCACGGGCGCAAAGUGGACCGUCAACAAUGUCAGCACCAAGGACCUCAUUGCGGAUGGACGUGGCAAGCUUCAGAAGGGAGACUUUUCGGGCCUUGUUCCCCUGAUUCUAGGCGCUACAUAUGGCAAGGAGGAGGAGCUAGGUAACUUUGUAUCUCAAGGCUUAUGGAAUGAGAAGCUGGGUGUGCCGAGUGAGAGCUUGGAGGAGAUUGUCAAGAAGAGCCUCGGUUAAGGGAGGGAGAAGCUCGUAUAAAUAUUAAAACGAGAUAGUCCGUUAAUCCACUACAUCUGUUGAAAA